AUGCAGAGACGCCCUAGCUGGAAAACACUCAGGAUUAAAGAGAUUAGUAAAACCACAGAAUAUGCUUGUAAUCACAUUAACAUUAGUGAUCAUCAUCAAAAUGACGACGACCGAGACUUGCAGGAGGAGGAGAUGAAAGCCAAUCAUCAGCAAUAUUUUGUGAUUCAACAAGAAGAGAGUGAAUUCAACAAUGUAUUUAGUUUUGUCACACAUGAAGAGCAAGACAACCAUUGUGCUCUGCGAGACAGUCACCCUCAUGGCAGUAGCAGUGAUUUCAGCAGCGAUGAUUCAGAGGAUGCACAACCCACAUUAAAAGCGCCUCUAGAGCAAGAGUUACAAGAUUUAUUUGACAUUGAUAAAGAACUUUGGAGACAGUCGCAGCUUUUUAAUCAUAUUUCAAUAAAGCAAGCUGAAUGUCGAGGCUGA